AUGGCUUUGUACAACUACGCCAUAGGCAAUACGGCAACUAUGACUACUUCUGAGUAUACUAAUAGGCAAAAUGAGCUUAUGGACGAGGUCCAUGAUAAGGAGGAGGAUAAGACUACGGUGCCUGCUAGCAAUCUUUCUAGCCUGAGCCCUAGUCCUCCAGGAACCGAGCGUGGUCAUAUCGACACCUCUCUUGGCGUGAACAAGAAAUCGAUUCGUCCUAGUUAUGCUGCCUCUUCCUAA